AUGGCUCCUAAGAAAAGUUUGGCGUGGGAUCUUUUUUUGGACAAAGGAGAAAAUAAAGCCGAAUGCAAGAUGUGUAAAGUAAUUAUAUCGUACAAAUCUGGAGUAUCAAACCUUACCAAACAUGUACAGAGAAAACAUAUUUCUGUUAAUUUAAUGAGAAGGGAACAAGAGGUACCGGCGCAUGCUUUACAAAGUACACAAUUUACAAUUUCCAAUACUCCACUGCCAACUGACGCACCACCUAAUACGAUAAGGUUCAAUACAGCCACUAUGCCCACUAUCUCGGCGUUCCUUCGACGCGAUUGUCAAAAAAUAAAAAUGCAAAUUGAUGAUCAUUUGAUGAAUUUGUUUAUAUGGGACUUGCAGCCAUUUUCUAUAGUGGAAGACAAGGGGUUUCGCGAAUUAAUAAAGUUUGAUUUCCCAAAUUAUAUUAUACCAUCGCGAAAAUAUUUCGCCAAUUAUUUAUUGCCGGGGUGGUAUGAGGAGGUUAAAACUAAUACUAAAGCAGCUCUAAGUUUAGAUGCAAAAAGUAUAUGCUUAACGACUGAUAUGUGGACGUCAAGAAAUAAUGACUCGUAUUUAGCGGUUACGGGUCACUAUAUUGAUGAUAAAAAUUAUAGUUUGCAAUCAGUGCUCCUUGAAUGUAAAGUGUUAGAGAGUCGUCACACAGGGCUAAAUUUAGCCGAAGAGUUAAGAAAUGUCGCUCAAGAGUGGAAUAUUCUUAACAAAGUCCCCUUGCAGUAUCAGAUAACGGUGCCAACAUCAAAAGUGCUAUAG